AUGUCAUCCAGGCCGCCGACCGUCCCUCCCACCGGCCUUUCAAAGUCGGCAGCGAAGAAACGGGCAAAGAAAGCUGCCAAAACUGGUCUGCCUAACUCUUCAACAGAUUUACGAACGGCGAGCGGCGAUUUCCCGAUACUGAAUCAACCACCUUCAUCAGCACCCCCUUUACCGCCUCCUUCCUCAAUACCAGAUCCACUCGACCCAAGCUUGUUCAAUUUUUCAGCUCCAGGAUCAUAUCCUGUCGACGUACAAUACGAUAACAACGCAUAUUACGACGAAGUUGACGUACCUCUGAAUCAAAACGCUUUUGCAGGUUCAUAUUCAAUCGAUUAUAACUUGUCAUUGCAGAACGGUGGUGCUUUAGCAGGUUUAUCAGCUCCUUUCAAUAUCACUCACGACGAUCUGAUUUCAGCGGCAAACGAGUUGUAUAAAAGAAUGGCGGAUCCAGAAUUCGGUGCAGACGACGCUUAUUGGUCAUCCUUGCCACCUCACAUCCGACAAUUCAUUCGAGAUGCCGUACCUUUUACUGGAACAAUCAGCCAAAACACUCCCGGCAAUAACUCGAGUCAAAGGACAAUGUAUCAGAUGGCACAGCAGAUAGUGCAAGCUGCAAGUCAAGGAAUGGGUUUAGGUCAGGGAAUCGGUGCAAAUUUGAUGUCUGGUGUCAAUGGAAUGGCAGGGAGACAAUUCAAUCCACCUAGUAUAGGUGAAGAAUUAGGAUUCCACAGACACCCUGAUGCAAAGGAGGAUGAAUACGAUGACGAGGAAGAUUAUGAUGCGGAUGAAGCAGAAUAUCAUGCUCCUAAUGGUGAUGCUCCUAAAAAGAAGAACAAGAAGAAGAAGAAGAAGAACGCGGCAGCGAAAGCGGUCGAACCUCCUGUUGCUCCUCUUCCUCCACCAUCUUCCAUGAGACCACAGCAGCAACCACCUCCGCGUCAACCUGUACCUCCUCAGCCCCUCAAUCAACAACAGCUGCAGCAGCAACAUCCCCAACACCAACAACAACCCGCUCUCAAUCCACCUCCACCUCCUGUCACUCCUGCACCAGCACAUCCUCCUCCAUCAUCCCGCGCAGCAGGCAAACAACCUAUGAGCAACAACACUGCACCCUCGUCUAAUCCGCCCGCCAGAUCGGCUCGAGCUGCUGGUAAAGCACCAGCGAGUGCUCCUCCUGCUCAUAAUUCUCACGCCGGUCACAAUCAUCCUCAUCCUCCAGCAGCGAGUUCCAAGGCCUCAGCAAAGGGCAAAGCACCUGCCGCGCCAGCACCACCAGCCAAGAUAUGGACCCAAUCAUCAGCAGAAGACCGAGAAAACAUCCGUUUGUUCUGGUUAAGCCUAUCGGAAGCUGAAAGAAGGGACCUUUUGCGGAUCGAAAAAGACGCUGUACUGAAGAAAAUGAAAGAACAACAUCGUCAUUCUUGUGGAUGUGCCGUAUGCGGGCGGAAAAAGGUCAACAUCGAGAUGGAAUUGGAUCAACUAUAUGAACAAUACUAUGACGAGUUGAGAUCAUAUGCUGCUGAGCAACGUGCUGCUGCCAACGGUAUAAAACCACCUCCAAAUGGGGCUGGACCAUUUCCAGGUAGCGUCGAGGUGGAUUCAAGCGGCGUUAUCACUCGCUAUGAUCAUCGUGCACCGGACCCCUCUGGCGAUCAUGAUCAAGAUGAAAUUGAUGGAGAGGAAAGUGAAGAAUACGAUGACGAGGAUGAAUAUGGAGAUGAGGAUGAACUGGAUGACGAAGAAAUCGGAUCUGAUGAAGCGGACGUUGGAGACGAUUUGGAUGAUACACAUCCACCUCCGCCCGUGACAAGGACGGCGCGUCAACCACCUGCGAAGACAACAGCACCGCGCCCGGAAGGUGGAGAUGAUUUCCUAAGUUUCGGUUCAAGUCUGGCAACGAUCAAAGGAGGCAUACUCACUAUUGCCGAUGACAUGUUGAAGAACGACGGGUCCAAAUUCCUGGAAAUGAUGGAACAGCUCGCUAUUCGAAGAUCAGUCCGAGAAGACCAAAACAUAAGGGAAAUGCAAGAGGAGACUGAUGACGAGGACGAUGAAUCCAAAGAUGAACCCCUCACUGAAGCUGAAAAGAUGGAAGAAGGUAAACGGAUGUUCCAAAUCUUUGCCGCUAGAAUGUUUGAGCAAAGAGUGCUUCAAGCAUAUCGAGAAACAGUAGCCAAGCAAAGGGAAAUACAGUUACUGCGUGAACUUGAGGAGGAGGAGGAUACUAAACGUGCAAGAGAGGAAAAGAAAGCUAAAGAGGCGCAGAAAAAGAAAGAUAAGAAGAAGAUGCAAAAGCAGAAAGCAGAUGAAGAGAAAGCUGCGCGAGAAGCGGCGGUUGCUGAGGAACAGAGGGCCGCCAGGGCACGAGCUGAAGAGCAAGAGCGUGAUCGACACAGGAAACAAGAAGAAGAAAGAUCUCGACGCGAGGCUGUCAAGAGACAAGCUCAAGAAGACGCUCAACGCCAGGCUGCCGAGCGCAGGAAGAGGCAACAAGAAGAGAAGGAGCGGGAAGAAGAGGCCGCAAAGAAGAAGAGAGAACGAGACGAGAAAGCUCGAAAAGAGAGAGAAGCUAGGGAGAAAGAAGCGAAAGAAAGAGAAAAGCGAGAAAGAGAAGAAAGAGUGGCUAAAGAGAAAGCUGAAAAGGAAAAAGUGGCAAAAGAAAAAGCUGAGAAACUUGAACGAGAUAGAGUCGCCAAAGAAGCUAAAGAAAAGGCUGAAAAGGAACGUCUCGCUAAGCUUGAGGAAGAUCGAGUAGAAAAGGCCAAGAAAGACGAGGCCGAGAGGAAAGAAAGGGAAGCUGCAGAACAAGCCAAAAUACUUGCUGCUCAACAAGCUCAACGUGAACGAGCUAGAGAAGAGAAAGUUGCAGCUGAACGUGCUGCUGCUGCCGAAAGAGCUUCGACGGAAAAACGUGCUGCUGCCGCCGCCGCUGCAGCUGCCCUUUCUUCCAUACCUACUCCUUCGCUACCCGCUGGUGUUCAUUCAGUAAAAUCUCCCCGAAAUGGCAACACCCCUCAGACUACCCCACCAUACUCUCAACCAUCCCCUGUGAAAGCCGCUCGAGCGCCUUCGGCGGCUUCCGGUCCUUCAAAUGUAGGUGGCCGAUCACAGAAGACACCUCAACCGUAUUUCCCUCAACCCAUCCCUCCUGUGGGCGUCUCAGGAUUCCAACGAAUGCCUGUACCACAAACAUUCGCACCUGGAUUCCGUGGAGGUCCAACUUAUUCCACUCAAUCUCCUGCUUUUUCACCACCUCAGACAAACGGUCCUUCCAUCUCACCUAAUCCCCCUCCCCGAGGAUUCGCUCCUGAACCUAGUCCACCAUUCGAUCAUAACAUCCGAACUGCACCCAUCGGUAUGGGUUUCCCUCCUGUCAAACCAUCUGCCAGAAUCCCCUCAGUCGAUGAGACAUUCUCUCCGUCAACAGCUCCAAUAGGCACUACACCAAGCUCAAGCUCUCGACACGCGUCAGCCGGAGAGAUUGGAUCUGGAUCUCUACUAUCAGGCAAUACAUUGGAAGAUUACAGGCCCUUACCAGGAGCCAUAGGCACUAUCGGAUCAAUUGGAGCUCCUGGACCUAUAGGUCGACCAUCGAAUUACCUGGAACAACCUCAAGCUGGAUCAAGUGCGUUGAGAAGUAACUCACCCGCUCAGCCUGAAAAGGUAUACGGAUCAGCAGCAUUGGGUGGAGACGAAAUCAUUGAUCAUCCAAGGAGAACAUUAUCGAACGGUGGUUGGGAUGUCCCCGUCACUGCUGCACCAGGAAGUGGUCGAUGGUCUUCCUCACCAUCCAUUUGGGGUUCAUCCGUGCCUGGAACUAGCGCUCAAACUGAGACGAGUUCUUGGAAUACAGCUAUCAUGCCCACUAUAGGCGAAAGACCUCCCCCACCUGGUCUACCCGUUGGUGUAGGAGCCGCUCCAGGUUCAAAUGUAGGUGGUGGUCCAGGUAGUGCAAGACAACCUUCUUUCGGUGCUUUCUCAGUUGGCGGUUUAGGAUCAAUCGGUGCACCUCCUCAAGGUUUCUCACAAAACAUAUUCUCACCAAACAGCCAACAACAUCAAUUACCUCAUCCUUCACCUCAUUCUGCACAUCAUCAUCAGUAA